UUUAUAUUUCACAAUAGAUAAUGUGGCCAGGGGAAAUUUAAAGGGAAAGAGAACAUGGCGGACGAAGUGGAGAAGAGGAAAUGUAGAUUUCUCACCUUGCAAAAAAGGCUAAAAGAGGAGAGACUAUUUGUAAAACAAGAAAAAGAACAACUUCGCAAAUUAAACGAUAAAGUAACUAGUUUAAGCCAGAACUUAUUCUAUCUGGAAUGGAAGACAAGACAUCAAUGGAUAAAUGUAGAUCGUUUAGUGAAUGCUAAAAUUAACCCUUCUGACUGCAGCACAACUUCCAGAAUCAUAGAGUCUGUGAAGUUCGAGGAUGCGUCAAGUGCUUUAAAUUACGAGGAUGGAAAGUAUGGAGAGUUCCUUUUUACUCUUAAGCAAAAUCCAAAAUUAGUUGCAAUGAUAUUAGAUUACUGUGAUACAAAACGAAUAAAAACUACAACAAGACAUCUAACUCGGUUACUUAUAUCUUCUCUUUACGGAAGUUGCUCACAGAGAAAGGAUGAAGUUGCAGUUUUAAAGAUAUUAAAAGAACUUAUGUCUCUUCAAGUUUUGACAUGUGAGGAUUUGCUUUCGUUUUUCUGUGGCAAGAGAUCAACAGAAAAUGCAUUUGCCUGUGUUUUGACAUUAUUCUCAGAAAUGCUCUUUUCGUCAAAGCUAUAUUUAACUGCUGCCUUGCAUGGGACUGUGAUGCAAGUAAUUGUUGAUGAUGCUAUAUUCUUAGAUGUCGAAGUUUCCAAAGUGCUAGUAAGAAUACCACCAAAAGCUAUAAUGGAUAAAUUUGGCAAACCAGGCACCGCCUCAUCAAACAGUAAAAUAAAAGAUCAUAUGAACACAUUGCAUAACCACCUAAUUAAUCUAUGCAAGAAAUUUUUAAAAAGUUUGCAUGAUAAAAUAUAUUGUUUUCCACAAAGUUUACGAUGGGCAAUAGGUCAACUGUACCAGGGCAUGAUUUUAAAAAUGAAAUUACCCAGUGCAAAUGCAAAAGCCAUAAUAGCUUACAUGAUCAUGAGUUAUUUUAUAUGUCCAGCUAUAAUUAAUCCAGAACCAUAUGGAAUUAACUCCGAUGCUGAUAUCAGUGAGACUGCAAGGCACAACUUAAGUCAGGUUGCCAGCAUAUUACGUUCAUUAGCACUUCUGGAAUGUGGAUUAAAAGAUGAAAAAUUUAAAGUUGUUUUGGAAAGAUUUGAUCAGGGGUUUAUGAUGUCAUACGUUUCAAGUCUACUCAAUGGUGCUGAAAAUAUUGACAUGGAAUUUCAGGAUGAAGUUUCUGCUUCAGUUGUCCAAUCCUCCAUAUUAAUAACGGAACAUGAUCUGAAAACUUUGAUUAAUUGCUUGAAGCUACUUCAAACAUACGAAGUACCAAAAUUAAAUGAAGAAGGACUUGAAGAACUCUUAGAUGUGCUCCCCGCCCCUCCACGACGCUGGACGAAAGAGGUGCCAGCACGAAAUGUAAAAUCAAUGCCUCCUAACUUGGACAUUAGUACUCCAGUACCUCCUCCAAGAAAUAACAAAUUGAAGAAACUAAACAGUAGUAGUUCACCAUCGAAUGCGUCCAAAAAUCAAGAAGAUAUCGAUCAACUAAAAGAAGACCUAAAUAAAAUGAUUACGAAUGACGAGCCGGUGCUAGUUGUUCCCUUGGGAAAUGAAAUUGAACAAUACCCAGGAAUGCUUUCUGAGGAAAAGGUAUUGGGUUUAAACACAAAUCUCUCAACUGCUUAUGAUAUUGAUACAACAGAUGAAGAACGACGAAGGAGAGCAUCAAGUUUAAUGUUGGAUGCAUUGCAUGAAUUUUUCCCCCAGGAGAACUUGAUUGACAUAAAUGACAUGAGCAAUUUGUCAUCAGAUUCUGAUAUUAUUGACAGUAAAGAAUUGAAUUCUGUGAAACAGACUAGCUCAAGGGCCGGUGAGUUAGAUGGUGUAUUUUUUGAAGCAACUCUCCCUCCUAAAGUGACAUCGGAUAAUGCAGAAAAAACUGUUCCUGUUGACAAUCUUCUCGAUUUUGGGCAAGACUCGGCAAGUCCAAGGUUGCCAGUAAAGAAACACCAUUCCAAGCAUGUAUCAAGUGGAUUGAUUGAUCAACCCCUGAUCAGUUUGGAAAAUGACAUUUUUGUUGACUCUAGCAAACCACUUGACUUAAACUCAACAUCAGGUAAGAGUGAAUUAACCUCUAUGAUUAGUGGAGAUGGUGGUAUCAAUGCUAUUUUACAAGCAGCUGCGAUUCCAUCACCGACAGCUGUUAAAAACAGUGAGUUUCAAGAUCCGUGGUCCCCGAGUGUGACUGGUACUAGUGAUCCGUGGAGCACUUCUAGUACACAGGCUGGAACACCUAAAGGAGAUGAAACAAAGGGAUUUGAGAGUAAUUUUACACCCGUAACCACACCCACUAGAAAAACGAGCCAGUCUGGAAAGAAAAAACAUUCUGUUGACCCCAAGUAUGCUGCAUAUAGUGAAAAUAUACAAAGAGAAAAAAAGUUAUCAUCAAGCAAAAUGGUUGAAAGCAACUCACAUGAAGAAAUUGUCAAAUUAGCUCGAAAGAAAUCUCACGGAGCGUGGUUCAAAGAUAAGAUUUCAACUAAGUUAGGAGGUGGCUUGAGACAAACACCAAAGAAAUCUGACAAUUUUCUUAAGAAAGAUCGAAAAGUAUCGGAAACUCAUUCGGAUCAUCAUCAACUUAAGGCUGGUACGCCGAUGCAAGCAUCAGUUGCUUCCAAAGUUAAAUCGGCUUCUAUUAUAUCUAGAGGAUCGGGAUCAGAAGUUGACGUAAGUGAAGCAAUCAUGGCGAAAUACAGGAAUAUGACACUAGAAUCCUCGAACGAAGGUCUUGAUCAACCAUUCGGUACUCCACAUUCGUCUCAAAUGGAAGACGUUGCAAUGCAAGUGUAUAAAGACGAGGUCAUUUUUGAUGACGAGUUCAAAUUCGAGGACGCCAAAAAGAAACUUCGAACUGUGCUAUGCACUUCAGAUCAAACAUUAAUACCAAGUGACGCAAGAAGUUUUGAUCACCUCAUGUUGACCAUGUUACAAGCAAAGUUAGCAGAAGCUAUUAACAUACAGAAUCGUUUUUCUGUGGCACAACUUCAUGAAACGUUGAGAAGUAUUAAACAAUUGCCAGACGACAGUUGUGAAAAACUUGUACAAAAGCUGGAAGAAGAUUACGAACAAAGGUCGAAGUAUAUUUCCUACUUAACCCGAAGUAAACAGGGCCUGUUGUCAACCAUUUGUCAUUUGGAACAAACCACUACAAAGUUACAAAGAGACAAAGUGAUUUGUCGUAAAUAUUUUACCACGCUUGCUGUACGUCUAUUUCUUGAAACGCAAGAACGAAAAAAAGAAAUCAUUGGUUUUGGACAAAACUUUAACUCGACAAAAAUGUUGGAUGAAAAAUGUGCUUUGUUAAGCGACUUUCUUGAAAAACUUCACGUUGAUAUGCUUAAAGAUGCAACUUGGACAUAUUGCAACGAUGAAGAACUUGAAGACGUGAAAGUGGCGACAGAACGCACGAUCAUGAGCAGAAUAUACAAAGAAGCAUUUUAUCCAAACGGUGUCACCGAUAUUGAAAAUGAUAGAAUAUUUCAUGAGCAUAUCAAGUGUCUGUCGAAAGUCAUCACUUUAUCACACCCUGCUCUUCAGAUACCAAAGACAUAUCAAAAAGAAGCUCCUUGGCCUUCAGCGCAAACAGAACUGUUGAUGGUGAACGCUUACAAGACGGCAGCCGAUAAACUAGCAUGUAUCCACCGCUGUUGUGUUACCAUUAUGAAUCUACUAAGCAUGGCGUCGGAUAAGCAGGCACCCGGGGCUGACGACUUUGUUCCUGUACUUGUGUACGUGGUGUUAAGAGCCAAUCCACCGAACUUGCUCUCCACUAAGCAAUAUGUGAACACGUUUUACGAAACACGGUUGAGUGGGGAGGAAUAUUAUUGUUGGAUGCAAUUUUGUGCGGCUUUAGAAUUUAUUAAAACGAUGACCUCUCCGGAAAGAUGAACAAAUAAGAAAGAUGGUAUUGAUUAAAUAUUAUAUUUAUUUUUUUUUUGUUAAUUUUAAAGAGUACUCUAUUUUAGUCCUAGUAGAAAUUUAGUAAUUUUAAAAUUUUCAAACUUGUAUCAUGGUAGAGAUGUAUUUUUUUCCGGCUAAACAACGUAACAUGUUGUAUGUUGCAAUUCCUGGAAACCAAACCUUGCAUAUUUUAGAGACAACACAGAACAGGGGUUAGCCGAAUUAAAAUAGUAAACUCUAUCUCACCAAUGCGAAGGAGCUAGCCCUUUCCAACUUUUUGUUGUCUGUGCCAUUCUUACCGGGCGUAUUCUGUGGUUACUAUACCGUGUGUAUAGUUUCGUUGAGUUGUACUAUGCUUUCAGUGCUGAGUGUACAAACUCCUCCAAGUUGGCCCUACUGUUGACGUUUAGAAGGGAUGCUCAAGCCACUUGACCUAUAUCUUAAUUUCUUCACAAUGCCUAAGAUGUGAUAUUUCCAAAAAAUUGAAUUGUCAUUUGGUUUAAUACUUAAUAUGUCAGAAAUUUUUUCAUGAAAUUUCAAAUUUUUUUGGUAUCGUAUGGUUUGUUACAGUCGCAAAAUUGGAUUCAACAGAUUUUUUAUUUUUCUUGAACCGCCAACUUUUCUGACAUCAAAUGAAAUUUGUAACUUAGAUAUUUCAAAAAACUUGUAAAAAAGUUGGCAGAUUUUGUUAUAGCAACGAGGAGAAAACAUACACCUGGGAGAGAAUUAAAUUGAUUUUACUGUUUUUAAUAUAGAAGAUUAUUUAAAUUAUAAUUUAACUUUUUUGUAACAUCUUUUUCUUUCAUAUUUUUGUUAAUUGUUUUGUGUAAUUUAUAAACGAAUAUUUUUUUUUAAUCGGAGCAAGAUCUCGUUUCCAGGACUCCCUUGGUGACUGGGAUUUUAACAAAUGUCGCAAGAACUUUUUCUUUCUUUUGUAAAGAUAUGGAGUUAAAGUCCUCCUAACCCGA